GCGGUCGGCGCCACACGCGGCGCUUCCGGGAGCGACGGGCGCCGGGAGCCGCAGGAUGCAGCGGUGGCCAGUGGUGCUUUUCCUGGCCUGGGUUUGCUUUCUCUUUUUUGCUGGUAUUGGGCUCUUCAUGAGCGGCUUCCUGCUCACCCGGAUCGAGCUUGCCAGCAGCAGUUCCUGCUCAGACCCACUCGUGCCUCCGCUUUGGGAGAGGCAGAGCCUCCCGCCGGGCUCCUGCUGGGCUCCCCAACGCUUUUCCAAGGCCGUGCUCGUCAUCAUCGAUGCCCUCCAUUUUGAGUUUGCCCGCUUUGACCCUGCCAAGGCCAGCCCGCUGCCCUACGAGAACAAGCUGGGUGUGCUGCACCAGCUGGCCACCUCCCAGCCCCGCCAUGCCCGGCUCUACCGCUUCCGAGCCGACCCCCCCACGGCCACCAUGCAGCGCAUCAAGGGCCUCACCACCGGCUCCCUGCCCACCUUCAUCGACGUGGGCAGCAACUUUGCCUCCUACGCCAUCCAGGAGGACAACCUGCUGGCACAGCUGGUGCAGAACGGAAGGAGAGUGGUCUUCAUGGGUGAUGACACGUGGGAAGGACUUUUCCCAAAGAAAUUCUUCCGUUCCUAUUUCUUCCCUUCUUUUAACGUGAAGGAUCUUCACACUGUGGAUGAUGGGAUCCUGCAGCAUCUCUACCCAACUGUGGACAGCGGUGAAUGGGAUGUGCUGAUUGCUCACUUCCUUGGUGUGGACCACUGUGGGCACAAACAUGGACCCGACCACCCUGAGAUGGCAAAGAAGCUCACCCAGAUGAAUGAGAUGCUCAGGUCCUUGGUGGAUCACCUGGGGAAUGACACUCUUCUUCUGGUGGCUGGGGACCACGGCAUGACAGAAACUGGAGACCAUGGUGGCGACAGCGAGAAGGAAGUCAAUGCAGCACUGUUUGUGUACAGCAGGACACCCCUGUUUGGCAGUGGCCCUCCAGAGGAGCCUGAAACCAUUCCCCAAGUGAACCUGGUGCCCACUGUGGCCCUGCUGCUGGGGGUGCCCAUCCCCUACAGUAAUAUUGGGGAGGUGAUGGCCGAGCUGUUCGCUGGGGACAGUGACGCUGUGUCUGCAGCCUUGCAGCAGCUCUCAGUCUAUCACAUCAAUGCCAAGCAGGUGGAUCGCUUCCUGCAGUCCUACUCGCUGGUGGCUCAGGACCUGCCAGCAGAGCAGCUUCAGCACCUACAGGAGCUCUUCUCCAGUGCUGUGGAGGAGCACACGCAGCUCCUGACCCACGUGCAGGGGACGACGGUGCCUCCGGAGCUCAAGCCGAGGCUGGGAAGCCUCAUCAGUCGCUUCCAGCGCUACUUGCGGGAGGCACGGGCUGUGUGCACCCAGUCCUGGGCCCGCUUCCACCCCCUGCGUAUGGUGGGGGGCUGCAUUCUUAUUGCUUCCUCUUGCCUGCUCUGCUACAUGGCCUCAGAGCUGGCCGCAUCCUCACAAUCUCUCUGUUGCAGCUGCCUCCUGUACCCGCUCUUCUGGGGCCCUGUGGGGGCUGCUCUGCUAUGGCUGGUCCACGUUUUCACCCAGGAGGGGCUGGAUCUGCUCCUGGUGUCAUCAUGGGCAGCUGCUGCUUCUCAGCUGGGUUUUUUCUGGCACUGGUGGGGCCAGCAUCUCAAGAGAGCCCGUCUGACAGGCAGUCAGCCACCCUUGGCCAGUGGUGGCCUCAGGCAGAGGCUGCACGCAUGGCUAGGGCUGGCCUUCCCCAUGGGCAUUCUGGUGUUCCGCUGUGGAGCUAUGUUCUCCGACAGCUUUGUUGUGGCCGAGGCACGGGUGGCCCCGUUCCUGCUGGCCUCGCUGGUGAUGUUGCUAGUAGGGAAGCUCCACUGGGAUGGUCACCUGACUGUGCCAGAAGGUCCCAAGCAGCAGCUCCUUGGCGUUUCCUCUUACCGGAGAGAGAUCUGGUACCUGCUGUGCCUCGUGGCCAUGCUCCUGGUCUGCGUGCGCCUCUCCAGUUUCUUCCACCAGUGCCGCGAAGAAAUCCCUCAGUGCCGGCCCUCUGUUUUCCUCUCCCCACUUGCCAGCCUGAAAAACACACGGGCCAAGAACCUCUUCUACCUCCUGUGCGUGGCCUUGCUGGCUGGGCUGGUGUAUGCAGUGCAGAGCUGGCUGAGGCACUACGGCAACCUGAACAGCUCGGACCCCCUCGUGCUCUUCGUGCGCUGGGGUUUCCCACUGGUGGUCCUUUGCAUUGCCUGCUACUGGGCCGUUGCCUCCAGUGCUGAUGACUCUCUUGGCAAGCUGCAGGAGCUGGUGCAGGUUGCAGUUGUUGUGUUUCCCAGGGCUGUCUAUGGACUAGCAUCCAUGGGCCUGCUGCUCCUGCUGUGCAAUCCCAUGACGGUGUUUGCAAAGGACACACGGGAGUCGGCAGGGUCCAUUGUCACUCCCUACCUGGGGGUCCCUGGCUCCGAAGUCGACUUCCUCCACGUCAUCCCUCAGAUCUACAAGAGGAUGCAGGAGUCUCAGAAGAGCCGGCUGGAGCGGGGCAGCUGCAGGGCCACUGUUGCAGCGUACGGGCUGGGCAGCGUGUACUCAGCAGCCCUGGUUAUAGCCCUCACCCUGCUGGGCUUCCUCUUGAUGCUUCUGCACAGCGAGCGGCUGAGCUUUGCCUUCCUGCUCCUCUUCGUGGAGGCCUUUGUGCUGCUGCACAUCCACACGUGUGCCAGAGGCCUUGCUGGAGAUGCUGAGCUGUUUUCAGUGCCGUGGUAUGCAGUGAUCUCCUGGCUCCUUGCUGCUUCACAGUUCUUCUAUUCCACAGGCCACCAGCCUAUCUUCCCAGCCAUCCACUGGAAUGCAGCCUUUGUUGGCUUCCACCUUGACCACAGCACGAACCUUCUGCCUGCUGUCCUGGUGGGAGCCAACACCUUUGCCUCCCAUAUCCUCUUUGCAGUUGGCUGCCCGCUGCUCCUGCUGUGGCCCUUUGUGUGUGAGGUGUCCACCUCACAGAGGAAGAAGCCCAAGAAGGAGUCCCGGGAGGAGCUGCAGGAGGUGGAGGAACACAUGAUGGAAAUGAGGCUGCGGGAGUCUCCAGAGUUGUUCUCCACUGCUCUGCUGCGGCUGGGGUUGAAGUACCUCUUUGUCCUUGGGGCACAGCUUCUGGCCUGUGUUUGUGCAGCUAUGAUCCUCAGGAGACACCUCAUGGUUUGGAAGGUCUUUGCCCCAAAGUUCCUCUUUGAGUCGCUGGGCUUUGUGGUGAGCAGCAUCUGCCUCUUGCUGGGGAUCUCCCUGGUGAUGCGUGUGGACUGUGCCGUCAGCACCUGGUUCAGCCAGCUCCAGCUGAGGUAGCCCUGGAGGCGUGGGGAGCCCAGGCUGCGCUUGUCUCCUUGCCUCCCUGGGGCUGGCAGGGCUACACGAGCCGCCAGCAAACGAGUGCCUGCCCACAGCAGCCAGGGAUUCUGCCCAGCUCCCUGCUGCUGUGCUGAACAAAAGGACUGGAGCCAACUGCUCCUGCCACAUGGGGAUGGGGUUUCUCAGCAGGGGAGGUCAGAGCUCUCACUCUGGGCUUUGCUGGCAGCAGGAGGACCCUGCUGCAGGAGCCCAAGAAGCAAGAGUCCUGAAGUGCUCCUCUGGAGAAACACCAACGGGGAUCUUGCCGGUACUUCCCUGAUGCAUGCCACGAUGUGCAGCUGGUAGGCUUCAGUGGCCAGCAAGGUGUCACCUUGACUGUGCAAAGACUCACGGGAUGGAGCCAGCUGAGGAGGGGAGAGGAGGUUGGAAGCGGAGGGAAUGUCCCACAGCCCCCACUUGUUUCCACAUGCUCGGUUUUCACGCUGGAAUCACACUGCACAUGGUUCCAUGCAGAUGGCUCCUGGAGCCUCGGUGGCAGCUACUCCUCUGUAAAGUCAGACAGUUGCUCUGUGAUGAGGCCUCUCUUGCCCUGCACUCAGUCCCGCUUUCCUGGUUCCCUCAGCCCUGUGAAGUGCAGUGGGGAGCACUGGGCUGCCUUCUACAGCAGGCUUAGCUUGGGCCAGUGGUAGCAGGGGCAGCUGUGUGGAUGACCUAGAAAUUCUCCACUUCUGUUCUCAACCUGUCCAGGUCCCUGUGGGCUGGGUGGUUGCAGCCAAGGCUCUUGAUCUCUUCCUGCCUGUGUGCUGCUGGACGCUGGCUGUUUACUGUGAACAGUUAAGAUGCAGGAGGAUGUAGUGACAGGAUAUGGGCUCACACCCAUGCUGGGCCUGGCCAGCAGGAAAUAGGAAGUAGCUGUAAAUAGGAAAUAGCUGGAGUAGCUGUCCCAGCUACAGGAGUAGCCUUGGUGUGAGAUACAGAGCCUGAGAGCAGCUACUUGAAAGCCUGGAGCAGGCACCAGUUCUUUUGGGAAGUGGAUUAACUUUCUGGUGUCUGUGUGUGUGCUGAGUGCUGUGGACCAGAUGCAGUCAAUCACAUCCAUCAUCCCAUGUGUGGGGCUUGUCUCCCCCUUGGCCUUGCCCUUCUCUGUGAGACUUCAUGUCACAAGUAAGCUAUGCCAACAUGCCCUUGACUGCUCACAGUCAGGAGGCAUGGUGUUUCUUUCUUUAUAGGCACAGGUGGAGGUGGUGACCAUGGUGCCUGGCCACAUCCCAACUCAAUUCCUCCUGCAGUUUCCAUUGGAACUGGGAUUCCUUACUGCCCUGAACCACUGUGUGGCAUUACUUGGUGCUAUAAAACUUUUUGUCUCCUUCCUCUUUGGAAAGAGACAAGGACUGCUUGCCUGGGAUUUCUGCAAUGAUAUUUGCCCAAUCCCAUUAAUUUUUAACUCAUGCACCAUGACUGCCCCUGUUAGAGUUCCUUACUGCAGACUGUUAGCAUAAUUCCAGGCUUUUCUUCUCUUCUGCCCUGCAGAGUCCCAGGGAAUAUCUCUCUCAUUAUUUCAUUUCUUGCCAUUUUUCCCAAGUGCCCAGUUGCUGUGGCUCUUGAGGGCAGGUGGAAUUUUGUAUUUUACCCCUGCAAAAUGCCUACUCAGUUGUUCAGAUGCAAUUCCAGUAAGGCUUAAACUGUUCUUGUAAUAGGUUUCCAUUGCCUGGCCUGCUUCUGAUCUGCUGGCUGUGCCCUGCUAUCUCAGCCUCUCAUGUCCUCUGCUCUGUGGUCCUGCUCAAUUUCACCUGUCACAAGAAGGGACUGGUUUGUAGCUGGCAUCACACCCUGGCCUGCCUCACUGCCUGGAUGCACAACACCAGUGCUAGCACAAGGAAGGGCUUGUAGCAAAUAGUGAGGGAAGCUGAAAUCUGCAGGAAUGCAUCAACCCACAAUUAAAAUGGGCUUAGGCACCCUUAAAAACAGGUUAUUUGCUGAAAUCUGACUGCCUGGUGGCCAUAAGCUUCUGAAGGAACAAGGGGUGCAUCAAUAUGGGGAGGAGGAAGGGGGUAGAGGUAGCAGUUACCCAGUAAAUUUUCACUUAAUGUGAGGUUAAUCUGGAUAACACACAUUGCUAAACCUCAAGGCUGGAGCUCAAAUUGGUCUUGUUGUAACCUCAUAACCUGGUCAGGAGGUUUCUGCCUGCCUGUGUUUGUGCUGGCAGAAGUCCCUGUGGCUGCUGAUAGUGUAGGACUGGCCCCUGAUGUCCCCACAGCUGCCACCCAGGCCCCUUGGCUUCCAUCUCUGGGACUUGUUUCUCUUUUCACUGGUCACUCCAGUGCAGCUGAGCCUUCCCAUGCCCACUGUUCAUGGCUGGAGCACUCACACAGGGCUUGGGAAUCCUCUCCUCACCCCUCUGUGCCACCCCUCUGCCAUGUGUGGGCUCCUGGUCCCAGGAGGCCAGGGAGAGCAGAGGGAACAGCAGAGCUGUAGCCUCAUCAAAGGACACACUUAUCUCACCAGAGACUGAACAAAACUUGCAGUGGAAGAGCUGCAAGUGCAUCCUUGUCACUGCAGAGAUGCCAUGGAGUGCUAGCUGCUCGGACACGGCAGGCUGGCUGCUACACCAAAGAUUUCAGAUUCAUGAAGAUGAGUUUUUCAAGGGCUGGAGAUGCUCUUGCUUCGUUUCAUUGACUGUUUCAGUCUUUGUCAGCCUUCCUCAGCUGCCCUCAAGCUGAUUGUUUGGCUGCCAUUCUUCUGAGCAUGCUGGGGAUUACACAGUUAAUGCCAGUCUAGGGCCUGGCAACCUUGGAAGCAGAUCAUGCUUGCUGAUGCUACAGCA